AUGAACGGGCAGUCGCAGGCGGCGGAGAACUUUGUGAAGAGGAUCUUCACGUUUCUGGACGAAACAGACUCGCAGCAGCUGGCGCCGCUGGUGCAAUGGUUCCAGCCGGCCGGGUGCAAGAUCAUCGUGAACGCCAGCGCGUUCCCACAGCCGGCCGGGUUUCUGGAGACGUGGCAGCGGUGCGUGGUGCAGACGCAGCACGUAUUGACGGGGGUGGACUUCCACGUGAUCCCCGGCACGGGCAGCGCGGUGUGCAGCGUGAACGGAAAAGUGCGGUUCGACGAGAGCGGGCGCGACAAGGCGGGCCAGGACGCGGCCGUGCCUGCGCCGGCGGGCGCAGGCGUGGGGCCCACGGGGCCCGCGGGCAAGCACCGCCCGCUGUGGGGGCCGUACUUCGGGCUGUCGCUACAACUGGUGGUGGACGAGCGCGCGCUGGGCGGCGACUUCAACGGCGUGAUCUCGAGCUUCAACUACACGAUGGUGUACCGGCCGGAGGACUCGCUGAUGGUGGUGUAG